AUGUACUCACAUCGAUGGCGAGAAAAGAAGGGGUUUCUUCUACGGCGGAGAGAGGCGAAAGCAACCGACAAGCUGACCCUCCCUGAGAAAGGAAUCGCUGGGGCGUGGGCUGGCGUAAUGAACGCUCCUAUGCGACAGGUGUUCGAGAGGGUUAAGGGAGUCAUGCAGGUGCGACAAGGAAAGAAGCUGCAAUCGCCGUACUCCUGGAGCGGGGCUUGCGUUGUGGACCUUGUGCGAAGGGAGGGUAUUGCUAUGGGGCUAUGUCGGGGCAUGGGAGCGACCAUGCUCAGGGAACCUCUUCAGUUCGGCAUCUACUACCCGUCGUACGAGAUUGCCAAGGACUACUUCUUGCCUCCGGACCGGACAAGCACGGCGGUGCCCGAGCCGAUCCUCCUGGCCCUGGCGGGGGGGCUAGCGGGGUGCGUGAUGUGGCUCCCGCCUAUCUACUGCCUGGACGUGAUCAAGACGAGGAUGCAGACGGCGGAGCCUGGGGUGUACCGAGGCGUGCGGGACUGCUUGAUGAAGACCCUGAGGGCGGAGGGCAUGCCGGUGCUAUUCAGGGGGCUGGGAGCGGCCAUGCUGCGCGCGUUCCCGAUGCACGGCCUCGUGUUCCUCGGCUACGAGACCACCAUCGACCUGUUGGGUGCCCGGCCGCGGUCCUCCUGCAGCCCAACGAGCGUCAACACGUCAUUGGUUAAGCAGGUCUUGGAGUAG